AUGUCGACCCCAGAUCGCCCGGAUCUUUCCGCCCGAUUGGCUCCAGAGCCUCAGGCUCAGGCCCGGGCACGCGCAUACGCAGCUCCCGAGGCAUCCAUAUCAGAGAUCCGGCCGCAUCUCUUCAUCGGCAACAUCUACAGCAGCUAUCGGCGGGAGGCGCUUGAGCCCAACCACAUCACCGCCAUCCUGUCCAUCCUCGACGCGCGCCACGCCCUCUGGAGCUCCCAGCGGGUCCGGCGACUCGUCCCGGAAGAGAACCACCUCUACGUCCCGUGCCUGGACAACUCCACCAUGAACCUGCUCCCCUUCAUGGCACGCGUCUGCGACUUCAUCGACAAGCACGCGACGGCCGGCGCCGACUCCAACGUGCUCGUGCACUGCCAGGCGGGCGUGUCGCGGUCGGCGGCCGUGGUGGUCGCGUACCUCAUGCGCAGGGACGGGAUGGCCCUGGACGACGCCAUCGAGGCCGUCAGGGAGAGGAGGAGGGUGAGGCCCAACGCCAACUUCAUGGACCAGCUGCGCGUCUGGGAGGCGGUCGGGUACCAGAUCUGGCAGGAUGAGCAAGGGGCCGUGCCCAAGGAUGCGUACCGGGCGUUCCUCGACAAGAGGGCGGCGCUGCUCGAGUCCAUGGGGUUGACGGGCGACGAACCAAUCGGAAUGCCUGGUCUCUAG